AUGGCUGCACAAACUAACCAUUUAACAUUUACUGGGAAGAGUGAGCCAGUAGAGGUGGACAUUGGGACAGAGACUGUUAUAAAAGCUGAAAAGUUCGAUAAUAGCCUAUCGUCAUGUGAAGAACCCACCGCUAGCAAUGCUGUCAUUAUCGACUGGGGUAUGGUGUUACGUGAUGGAGAGAAUACUGAGAGAUCCUGUGGCUCUCCGUCACGUGGUGACAAAGUUACGGAUUUGUCCAGCAUUGACCAGUCACCUGUCCAGCCCAUACUGCAGAAUUUUCCAGUUUCGGUUAUAGCAGGGAAGCCGCGCAGGUUCACGGCUCAUUGGUACAGCAAGUACGGGGCAUGGCUGGAGUACAGCGCGGAGAAAGACGCGAUUUUCUGCAAAGCAUGCAGGCAUUUCGGGAACAAUCUGAUCGCCGAUAAGUUCACUCGAGGCUUCAGAAACUGGAAACGCACCCAUCAGGCGUGCUCAAAACACGAGUCAAGCAAAGCUCACAACACGGCUUUGGGUAAAUACACGAACUACAAACAGUGCCAGCAGUCCAGCAGUGUGACUCUAAUGAAUCGACUCGGGAGUCACCAAACCGUGACUCCUGGCUUGAUCCAAAACACCCGAGAUCACAUCAAAGUCAUACUGGACAUCGUCAUGUUUUGUGUAAGGCAACACAUCACACCGUCCAAGCACAAAGAACAUGACCUGGGCAACUUCCACGAGCUCUUUCAGCUCUUGUGUAAAUAUGACCCGAGAAUUAAAAGUCGAUUUGAUGCCAUUCCUAAGAAUAAGAAUAUAGCCGGACAGGAUAUACAGAACGACCUCAUCGAUGCCGCGGCCUCUCUGCUGCUCCGACAAAUAAAGCAGGAGUUACACAACACUAAGAAGACCUAUUAUGCCAUUUUGGCUGAGAAGUGCUCAGACCGGUCCGAGCGCCAGCUUGUUGCAGUGUAUCUCAGAUAUUUAUACAGGGGAUCUAUCAGAGAAAGAGUCGUCGGUUUCGUGGAGACCGGCGAUGCAUCAGCUGAAGGGAUCGCUUUGAAAUUCUUGCAGAUCUUGGAACCUUUUGAGCUGGAUCCUGGGUUAUGUGUCGGUUUGGGGUUUGACGGGGCCUCCGUCAUGUCUGGCGUGCAAAGCAUCCUGAAGCGCACCUUUACCUGUGCGCUGUACGUGCACUGCCAUUCACAUUGUCUGAACUCGGUGCUUUGCAACGCCUCGAAAGGAUGUCCGGACUUCGGAACCUUUUUCGAAGCCAUCAAUGCGCUGUGUUUGUUCUUGACACACGGACAGGCUAGGUUUAUUGAGAUCCAGAAAGAGAUGCAUCCAGAACGUCCACCUGUCGAGGUCGCCCUUGGUGCUUGUACGCACCACCAUCAUCAGCAUGUGACUGAUAUAUUUAGUUUGUUCGAUGUUGUCUUGGAAAUCUUGGCUGAAUUCGCCGAACGUAGAGGGCAGGCCGGACUUGAGGCGCAGUCCCUGCUUCAGCAAGUUCAAACCAAGAAAUUUACAUUUCUCUUAGUGGCGUCUUGCAAAUUAUUCGAGGUGUCCGACUUCGCCAGCAAGAGCCUGCAAAGCGAGACACCCUCACUGACCGAAUGCAUCUGUUCAAUCGAAUGCCUGAAGCAAAAUCUUGGCGAUUUGCGCCACAGUGGGUUUGAACAAAUUUUGGCAGCGUCCAAUGAGCUAACGGACAAAAACGAGAUCGAAAAGUGGGACGUUUCAUUUUCUAGGAAACGAAAACUCCAAAGUCGAGACGAUUCGAUCCUAGCUUCAUCCUUAGGUAAAUCCAGAAGGGUGACUUGUACUGAAGACCUGCGUGUUCUCUGGUAUCAGAUUCUGGACCUCCAGAUAAAUGAACUGGACAGCAGGUUUCACAGAGACUCCUACUGCCUUAUGAAAGCAGCAGCUCCCCUACACACGGACGAAAGCAACCUGGCAGAAAAGAUUUGUCCUGUCGUCAAAUCCUACAACGUUGAAGUCUCUGAUGCUGAGUUGCUCGCUUUUGCACAAAUUUUACAGCAAUCAUCAUCAGGACAGUGUCUUUCACUUAUAGAAGUUUUCGACACAUGCGUAAUGAGGAAAUGUUAUUUGGGAUCGCUAAUUAUCUGUCUAUUCCUGGCCCACACCAAAGGACAUGAUCAGGAGGACAGUCAAGCUGGUUGUAGCACCACAUCCAAUGACUUGGUGUACAUCAUUGAUGGCUCGUCAAGUCUUGGCAUUGCUGACUUCAACACAGCCAAGCGCUGGCUCAUCAACAUCACCAGUGGCUUUGAUGUGAGCUCCCGACACACUCAGGUGGCUGUGGUCCAGUACAGCGAUACGCCACGGCUGGAGAUCCCUCUUGGGAAGCACCAAGACACUCAGACCCUUCUGAAGGACAUUGCUGCAAUCUCCUACCUUGGUGGGAAAACCCAGACAGGCCGCGCCAUUAAGUUUGCCACUGACCAUGUGUUCUUGGCAUUAAACUACACCACGAAGACCACCAGGAACCGCAUCGCUGUGGUUCUGACGGACGGUCGGUCACAAGAUGAUGUGGUGGAUCCAGCAAUGGAGGCCAAAGCACAGAACAUUGCCCUCUUUGCAGUGGGUGUAGGAGAUGAGAUCACCAACGCUGAACUGGUGUCCAUGGCCAACAAGCCUUCUUCCACUUACGUGCUGCAUGUAGAGGACUACACCUCCAUUGGAAAUAUAAGAGAUGUGAUGGAGCAGAAACUCUGUGAGGAGUCAGUGUGUCCUUUGAGGAUCCUUGGUACUGUCAAUGGACAGAAAGGCUUUGACCUGAUGAGUAUGAUGGGGAUCGAGACAGUGGCUAAAAAGGUCCAGGGAUCUCUCAUAUCAGAAGGUGCUUACCUCCUAAACCCACGCUUGAACCUUUCUCGCAGCACCAGAGAGAUCUUUCCAGAAGGCCUGCCUCCUUCAUAUGUGUUUGUGGCUACUCUGCGGGUGAAGAACCCAGUCCACCGCAUGAAGUUUGACCUCUGGAGGUUGCUGUCUGAAGAAGGUGUCAGGCAAGUCGCAGUGACCUUGAAUGGCCUAGACAAGUCAGUCACCUUUACCAGUACCAGCACAAUGAAGAAAGAGCAGACUGUCAUAUUUAAUGACCGAGGCAUUAAGAGGCUCUUUGACACAGACUGGCACCAGCUGAAACUAUUGGUGAGGCCCAAACGUGUCACCUGUUUUGUAGAUGAUGCAUACGUCGAGGAGCAGCUCUUGGAAGAAGUUGUCCCCAUCUACAUCAAUGGGAUCACACAAGUGGCCAAAAAAGUCAACAUAGAAACCACUGUGCCAAUUGUCUUGCAAAAGUUGCGGCUCUACUGUGACCCUACGCAGAGCGAGCGAGAGACAGCGUGUGAGAUCUUCUCCGUGGAGGAUAACAGGUGUCCUAUUGAUCGCUCUCGUCCUGUGGAGGGCUGUGAUUGCCCCAGUGGUAAACCUGGCCCAUCAGGCCUACCUGGACCCAUGGGCUUCAGGGGAGAGAAGGGUCGAGAGGGACCUCCUGGCCCGGACGGAAAACCUGGAAAACUUGGACAGAGGGGACCACCCGGGCAGCCUGGAAGAGACGGCGAGAAAGGCGAAGCAGGUCAACCAGGACAAAAGGGGGAGAGAGGACUGGCUGGUCCCAAAGGUGAUAUGGGAAUCCAAGGGCCACCAGGACGUCCGGGGCCUCCAGGACCAACAGACCCAGGACUCUCAAAAUGGAAUGAUUAUGGAGUAGAAGCAAGCAAGGGAAUCACAAUCCAGCCAGGAGAAGCAGGACCCCCAGGGAAACCUGGACCACAUGGGGAGCCUGGGAUACCUGGAAAUGAUGGGCUUCCAGGACAAGUUGGACAGAAGGGUGAAAAGGGGGUCGCUGGUGAACCUGGAGCUGACGGACAGAACGGUCUUCCGGGCAUGAGAGGACCUCCAGGUGAAACAGGGCCCACUGGACCUCAGGGUGAACGAGGAUUUCCAGGGACACCGGGAUCAACCGGGACAAAAGGACCUCAGGGACCUCAAGGUCCAAUGGGACCACCCGGUCCAGAAGGUCCAGCCGGUCCGAAGGGGAACUUGGGGCCUCGAGGGCAGGACGGCGUCCCCGGUGCGCCCGGCACUAAAGGAUCACAAGGCGAACCUGGAGUUCCAGGGCCUCAAGGCAUCAUGGGCCUACCAGGUUUAAAAGGCCAUAAGGGGGAAUCAGGAGAGCCUGGUCCAAAAGGAAGUCAGGGACAGAGAGGAAGUGACGGAUCACCUGGACUCCCUGGAAAACCUGGUGAGCCAGGCCUCAGGGGCAGCAAAGGAGAGCGAGGUAUAGCCGGAGAUCCGGGAAUCAGAGGGGCUGAUGGGAAAAAGGGAGAAUUUGGUCCAUUGGGACCAGCAGGACCUCGAGGAUUUCCAGGAAACGAUGGGUUACCAGGGCAACCGGGUGUCCCCGGUUACCCAGGAAAACCUGGUAAGCCGCCUUCCGAAGAACACCUGAUGAAGAUUUGUGCCUCUGUGUUACAGAAUCAACUGCCACAGCUCCUUCAGGCAAUGUCUCCCAGAAGCUGCCAACAGUGUGAGACAGUCAAAGGACCCCCAGGUGAUCCAGGACCUCCUGGACCCCAAGGCCCUGCUGGAGCUCCCGGCUAUCCUGGCAGACCUGGAGCUCAGGGAUACCCAGGACAACCUGGAGCAAUGGGGCCAGUCGGCCUAAAAGGUGAAAUUGGACCAAUGGGAAUGAAAGGUGCCAAAGGAGAAAGCCGCACUGGGCUCCCGGGUCCACCAGGUCCACCAGGUUUGCAAGGUCCUCGUGGACUGGAUGGAGAGGGAUAUCAAGGACCCCCGGGGUCUACAGGCAAGCCUGGUUCUCCUGGCAUCCCUGGAAAACGAGGUCCUCCAGGCGCCACCGGUGUUUGCGACCCAUCCUCCUGUUACAUGGGUUACGUCAGCCAGCAGGGUCACUUCAACAAAGGGCCCAACUUUUAGCGAACUACCUUGAUCCACACUUCGUAAUGACUUUUAAGGGCCUCCAUGCUCCUGAGCCCAAACUGUCUGAGGUGAUGUUAGUGUUUGAUUUGAUUUGUAUUUCUUAACCUCUGUAGGCCCGGAUAAAGGGCUCCGGAGUUUGAACACGGCAGUUUUGACUUGAGAUUAUUUGUUUACUACGUUUGGUUUGGAAGCUAGAAUAAGAAUCACGUAAUGUAGCAGCAUGAAAGAUAUAUAUAUAUAUAUAUAUAUAUAUAUAUUUUUUUUUUUCUUCAUAGAAUAUAGCGAUGAUGUGUGGUGAAAUGUUCAUCUGAUAAAACAAAACUAGGACAACAAAAUGCUCUGCUGAGUAAUACAAGAUCAUCUCGUUUUGAGUCAUCUGGCCUCGGACUACCCCGAAACCACGUUUUCUUUUUUUUUCUAUCUCACGUUGGUGCUCGCUUUUGUGAAUUGCAUUUUUAUUGUAAAUAGACAUAGGUGUUGCACUGCCUUUUGAAAUACUACCUCUGUAUUCGACACGGAGUAGUCCAACAACUGGACAAUAUUUUGUUCUAAAAGUGUUGGCUGAUAUCUCAAACUGCUCAGGAUGUCUCGGUUUUUCGGUUUUAUAAAAAGCUCAUUCUGUGUGUGUGUGUGUGUGGACUACUGCAUUUAUUUUAUUUGAUUUUUUAAUGUUUUUGUUAUAAUGUUAACAUUUUUAAUGUUUGAACAUUUCUCUCCAAAAAAACCUCCUUCUAAUUUUAUGAUUUUAGCAUUUCUUUUGAACCAUUCAACUUCAAUCAGCAACACGUUCUAUUUAUUUUCCUGUCGAAAUGAAGCCAUGAGUAUUUUUUAUUUUCUUUUUAUCUCGUUUCGUUCCGUUUUGAAUGUCUGUUAAUUGACUUAAUUGGGUUGUUUACAUUUGAACUGAAACCAUUUACAUGUAACACUGAUCAAAUAAAAUAUUCCUAAACACACAG